UCCCUGCAGAUGGAGAGAGGCAGCAGCCACUUGGUCAGAAUGAUCCCCGUAUCAUCUGCCACUGACAGCGAGCGAAGUGCCCAGUUGUACGCUUAAAUUUCAGUGUUUCAUUGAAGGGAGUAUAACAUAACAACAUAGAGGGCAAAAAUAAAACUUAUAAUUUUUAAUAUAACAUAAAGCGGUCGGGAGUCGUGUCGUGUCCGUCGUCUGCCGUAGCUGAUGUGUCGACAAAGCACAACCUGAUCGAGCAGCUUCGACUUGGCAGGCCGUCCACUAAAUGAGCCAAAAGUUGUAUAUUACAACAGGCGAGACCCUACUAUGCAUCGACUCCAGCUGUGGACGCGGCGUUUACGCCUGCCGGGCACGACCUCUCAGUGGCGGCCUCCGCUGCUCAUGAUCGGGAAGGGACUGGGAGCUAUAGCAGCAGCCCCAACUCUUAUCCUAUUCGUCUUCUCGGCCUUCGUCUUUGCCACGUUUCUCUCUACUCUGAAGAACGAUGACAAGUGGAAUUUCCGGGCUAUUCAUCAGGCGAACGUAUCGGCAAUCGUCGCCCAAAACAAUCCGGCGAACGAAACGGGAGUCACAUCCCAGAACCAUCAGCGGAGCAUCCAACCACCACCGAUACUUGAAUUCCCUCUUAACUGCGGCAGUGGCGGGAACAAGACCAAUGGGACCUGCCCGAAAAGCUAUUAUCCGGCAACAUUUGGGCCCAAGCACGACCAGCUCCUGGGCCAGUUACUAGAAGCCGGUACAUGUCCAGACUACUUCCGAUGGAUCCAUGAGGACCUCCGGCCGUGGAGGGACUCUGGGAUCACAAGGGACAUGGUGGAGAGAGCCCGAAGAACGGCCCAUUUCCGGCUAGCGAUCAUUGAUGGCAGGGCCUACGUGAAGAAAUACAGGAAGUCUAUACAGUCGAGAGACUUGUUCACCAUAUGGGGUAUCAUGCAGCUUCUGAGGAGGUAUCCAGGUCGGGUCCCGGACCUGGAGCUCAUGUUCGACUCUGACGAUCGGCCCGUUGUCCAGUGGAGGGACUACAGGAGAGCCAACAGCACAGCCCCGCCGCCACUAUUCCGGUAUUGUGGGGACAGGUGGACGCUGGAUAUCGUGUUUCCCGAUUGGUCCUUCUGGGGUUGGGCUGAGAUCAAUAUAAGGCCAUGGGAGAACUUGCUGAAAGAGUUAAAAGAAGGCAAUGACCGGACCAAGUGGACUGACAGAGAGCCUUAUGCGUACUGGAAGGGGAACCCUUACGUGGCGGAAACCCGAAAAGACCUACUCAAAUGCAACGUCUCCGAAUCACAUGACUGGAACGCUCGCCUGUUCAUCCAAGACUGGAUCAAGGAAUCUCAGCAGGGAUUCCAGCACUCCGGCCUAGCAGACCAGUGCACCCACAGAUACAAGAUCUACGUAGAAGGCUAUGCUUGGUCGGUAAGCGAGAAGUACAUUCUAGCAUGCGACUCCACGGCUCUGCUCGUGAAGCCCCACUACUACGACUUCUUCACCCGAAGCCUAGAGCCCCUCCACCACUACUGGCCCGUAAGAGAGAACGACAAGUGCAGGUCCAUCAAGUUCGCGGUCGAAUGGGGUAAUACCCACAAACGUGAGGCCGAGGCAAUGGGCAGAGCUGCGGCAGCCUUCAUCCAAGAGCAAGUGAAGAUGGAGGACGUGUAUGAUUACAUGUUCCACCUGCUGAACGAGUACUCCAAGCUCAUGAGGUUCGUGCCCAAAGUGCCACAUGGGGCAGUGGAGAUCUGCUCAGAGGCAAUGGGCUGCUCUGCUUCAGAUGGGCCACAUAGGGAAUUCAUGAUGGAGUCGUUGGUUAAGGGUCCAUCUACUAGUGGGCCCUGCAGUUUGCCUCCACCCUUUGAGCCCAAAGCGUAUGCUUCUCUGUGGAGGAAAAGCAUCAGUGCCAUUAGGAGGGUCGAGAGGUGGGAGAAUGCAUACUGGGAUGAAUUCCUCAAGAAGAAUCAGUAAGCUCUAGAUUGAAACAGUUAUCGAUCGGUAGAUGAAAGGGACCGAAGCAUAGAGAAAUAUAGACCAACAAAACUACGUUGAAGAACACAAAAGUAGGUUAUCGAUCGGGUCCCCAUGAUAUCGGGAAAUUUAUAUCCACGUUUGUAAAGGGAACUCUCGAUUCUUAAUCAUCCUCCUCCUCCUCCUCCUCUUUCUAGGACAGACUGAGCAUUUAAGAUGUCUACCAAACAAGGGUGCCCUUAUGGUUCUUGAUCAUUCAUUGGAUAUUGUCGACCGUACGGUCAUCAUUUACCCA